CUCUUUGCUGAAGUGCAGGGGGGAGAGAGAGAGAGAGAGAGAGAGAGAGAAGGAGGGGGAGACUUUCUGCUGUGGAAAGAGAAACCUGUUUGAUCCCCUGAAGGGCAAAAAAAAAACACACCCACAUUGUCAUCUCCCUCCCAUAACAAGGUUGGGCCUCUUUUUUUGGCAAGGGCAGCCUUAGCUGUCUGGGACGCAUUCUGGCUUGCCCACACCUCCGCAGCUGAGCGCAUAAGGACUAGCAGGGAGAGCACUGCUCCAGCCACAGCUGUGAGGGCAGGAGUCCUGUUAAAUGCUCGAGGACACCUUUGGAGAAGGGACCCACUGCCGCUGAGGUUACGAUUAUACCUGCUAGCACAAAACUCUGAAUAUUGAGGAAGGAGGAAACACAAACCAUGCUGUCCCUCGGCGUUGUGAAAGAUGGCGUCAUUCUACCUAGCGAUGAGGAUCGAAAGAGGAUCAUCACCCAGAUGAAAGUGCGGACAACACUGAAAGGGGAUAAGAGCUGGAUUCAGCAGAGAUCGGACCCUGAGGAAGAGCAGAACCACAGCCCAUUGCAUUCACCAUUGAGGACCAGGGGCACCACUGGGAAAUCUCCUGCCUCACCGAAGAGUUUGUCACCAACUCGCAGAUUAGCCUUUGCUGAACCACCUUCCCAAGCAGAACCACAGUCUCCAAAAAGUUAUUCCAAAAAAUCUCCCAGUGCCACAUCACCUUCUGGGUACCUCAUCAGAGGGGUUUUCACCAAGACCAUUGAUAAGACUACUCCUUUGAACACAGCAUCCAAUGGCUCACAAAAGAGUGCCAAGAGUGCCAGCCUGCCCCGCUUCAGUCAAGGCCACAAGAUGAGUACUGAGGAGUACAAGAAACUGGCUCCUUAUAACAUCAAACGAGAGCUAUCCGAACCAGGUGACGUGGAGCCUUCCGUUUCCCCAGAUGAGCAACAAAAGAGGACUGAAGCUGCGAGCAGUGUGCUUAGGAGAACAGCCAGCAGGGAGCGCUCCUAUGUCCUUUCAGCUGCUAAGAAAAGCAAUGGGAUUGAUCUAGAGGAUGACACAGGCCCACGCUCCAGAAGUCAGACAGUACCUGCUUCAGGAUGGUUCAGCCGCCGUGGGAAGAGCAGCACCAAUGGGGAAAGAAUAAGCACUUCAGGGUCCCCACGAAGUGAGACAAGGAUGGUGAAUGCUUCUUCUAGCACAAGCUUCGAUUCAGGGAACAGCGGAAAACAAGCCUCCAGUUCCUAUUCUGAAUCCUUGUUCAAACAAUUCAGUUCUUUGGAAAACAGUAACAAGCAGGAUCAAGAGAGUAAUCAGAUGACUUCCUGGAACAACUCUGCUCCAAAAUCUCCUGAAUCUCCUUCACGUAGAAGUGAGAAGAAUGAACGAAAAUCCGAGGCCACACGAAGUGCUGAAACACCUCGUGCCGUUAUUUCUGAGGACAGCUGGGAAACAAUAAAGCCCAAAAGUACAACUGUGAGUCAAACACCUCCGCACAUCGUCAUCUCCCCAGAGGCGAGCCCAAAGAGGCCCACCUCUCAUUAUCGAACCAGAGAUGCUUUCUCUACACCUGAGACUUAUCUUCAGUCCAUGUCUGGAGAACACCUGCGUGACAUAGAUGUUGGCUCCCCAAGGGCUGGCUCUUUCAAUAGGGACAGCACCGAUACUCCUUCUGGAGCAGCAUACAGUGUUCCCACCCACUUUGACAGCGAUGGGGAUGCUGGCUCAAAAAGAUCUUUCUCUGACUUUGAGAAGAAGGCUAUGCAAGAGAUGGCAUAUGAGAGUCCAAGUGACACAGAAUACAAAAAGGUGGAAGCUCAUCUGGCAAAAUCUGGUUCAUGGUCCAGUGAAAGCAGCCUUAGUACCGGCAUCCAAGGCAAACUCCCAAGAGCUGCCAAAAGGGAUGAGUCAGAGCUGGAAAGUGCAAGGUCCAGUUCUCUCUCUACAGAGAGUGGCGUUGCCACUCCGGAAAGCCAACAAGGAGAGCAUGGGACAGAUUCGGACACAUCAGGUCUCUCCAGGGGGGUUACUUUGGGCAUGUCAGAGACAAGUCAUAGGAUGCCAACCUAUAUGGACAACCCCAGUGUGUUGGAGAGAGGUCACAGGAGAUCGUCAUAUCUGGAUUGCCAACCCAACAAUACCAUCAGAUCAGAAACUAGGCAUGGAAUGUCAUCAUAUCUGAGCAACCAGCCAUCCAAUGCCAGAAAGUUGGAGAUCAGUCAUGAGAUAACAUCAUACCUGAACAACCAAGCAUUCAACAGUGGAAGUAUGUCCUACUACCCCUUCAGAGAUGGCCCAAUAAUUGGCUCCCCAAGGAGCCAUAGGGUGCCUUUCUAUAAGGACAUCUGUGACACAGAUAUCAGAAGGAAUUCAGAUGAGAGGGCUGCGGCAGCUUCCUCUCGGCUUAAGAAUCCUUCGGCCUCUGGUUAUGACUCAGACCCCACCACAUCAAGCAAAGGCCUUCUCUUUGUGAAGCAAUCAGUCAACAGCACGGAGUUGUCAUCCUCACCACGUUACAAUAGUCGCAGCCUGGCUGAUUUGUCUGAACUGGAGAGGACAAGUUAUAGCAGUGCCAGCUUUCUGAAUAGCAGCCCCCCGAAAAGGCCAACUGAAGACAUCUGCACUUAUUGUGGCCGUGAGAUCCGCAACUGUGCUAAGAUAACCAUUGAGAACCUCAGAAUCUGCUGCCAUGAGUACUGCUUCCGGUGUGGGAUUUGUCACAAGCCAAUGGGAGAUCUCCUGGAUAAAAUCUUCAUUCACCGGGACAUUGUCCACUGUGAUAAGUGCUACGAGAGGCUCUUCUAAAUUUCCAUCGGCCAGAAGACCCUAACCCAAGAGAAGACC